AUGCUAGGCAAGUUGCUGGAAGUGAUCAAAGAUCAGAGAUCCCUAAUCGAAGAUUUGGCGAGGUCCAAUCAGGACUACAUACGCAACUUCGAGAGCUUGAAGCUGGGGAUCGAAGACAAUCAAAGCACAAAAGAGUCAUAUUCCCAAAAGGGUGGGACUAGCAGAGAGAUGGGUUGGCACCUACAGGAGCAGCCACAGGUAAACUCUCAGCGUGGUGAACCUAGAAAGGGAAGCGACCCACAAGAAGCCCAUGCACCACACAUGAACACAGGCGAUAUGUUCCUUAGUAUCAGUGUUCAGAACAUGCCUGUGAAGCAGGAACCGAAUGACACCAAACCGCAGCGGGAGAUGCAAGACAAUGAGCCGGCAGAAGAUGAACUCUUCUCCCAUCUCAAGCACUACAUUAGCCUCGUCAAUAACCUACUCAACGAGGUCGACGAACUCAAGUACGACAUUCGAGUUGAUAGCCGCGAUCGAGUCAAGGUCGAGAUCUUGCGGACGUAUAAGCACGAAAUGAAAAUUCUAGAUACUCCCGACCAACGUUGA